AUGCCCUAUGGUCCUUUAUGUACUAGGCAAAAAAAUUCAUCCAGACAUGUAAAAGCUUUUUUAAAAAUAGUUUAUUCCCUGAGUAUUAAUAGUGCCUUCAUAUGCUGUUUGUUUUAUUUGUUUUACUUAUUGUUACUUUUAUUUUUUUGUAAACUGCCUUGAAAUAAUUGCUAAAAGUAGCUUAGAAGUGCUUUCAGUAAAUAAAAAAGGGAAAACCUGUACCUGCAAUUGACCUUUAUGGAGCUAAGCUAUAUGAUUAGUCAUGCAGAAGUAAAUAACCUGUGACAUGCCAGAUGUUGCAGACCCUGCUAUUAGCCAUGAUUUGGAGUCCAACAACAUCUGGAGAGCCACAGGCUGUCCUCUUGUUAACUGCAUGACUUCAGGUAGGAGUAUUUCAUUCCCUAUAGCAGGGUUUCCCAAAUUUGGGUCUCCAGCUAGUUUUGGACUACAAUUCCCAUCAUCCCUGACAACUGGUCCUGCUAGCUAGGGAUGAUGGAGACCCAAGUUUGGGAACCCUGCCCUAUAAUAUCCUACAUGUAGAAAACAAAAAUGUAAGAGAGAACAGCUCUAAGGCUGGUCUCCUCCCUGACUCACAACUUUUAUAUGCACUCGUUUUCAAUGAGGAAGCAUAAGCAAUAUAAGUCCUAACAAGAGUUGCACCAAAUAAUUCUGUUGAUAAAUUAGCUAAGCUCCUGGCUGGAGAGGCUGGCAGGGACUGUGGAAGCAACUUGCCAAAGACCAGUUUCCAGAGGGUUAAGUGUAAUGAAACUGCACACCUGAUCCCUUAAAUGAGAGCAACCUGGGCAAACCUUUAGUUAGGCCAAUUUCACCUGUGUUGUUUGAACUGGCUUUUCUGCAUCUGCAAACUCAAUUGGCUUACAAGGUGCAUUUGAAUUAAAGCCAUCUCUCUUUUGCUUUCUAUCCAACGCUUGGCAAACCCUCACAUGUGUGCUUGUACAAGCAGCAUGUGAGAGAGGCUCAAAGGCAUUUUAAGUUUUAAUGAAAGGUCCCAAGAAGGCUGUCCCCAGUUCACAACAACUUAUUAAUGUUUAUAUGUAUGGUCCUGACUGAGACUCUGGGCUCAUCUGCACUAAUUUUCCUCCGUACUUUCCAGGUACUGAGCUGUGCUCUUCUAGUAUGUGCCACUUCCAUCCUUCCUUUUGCCCCCCUUCUUUCCCUGCAGAAACCCACUCUUUAACGCUCUCCGCAGUCUGUGGAAAAACCCGAAUUGCUGUUUGUUCUGAUUGAGCAUUAGGGAGCGGGUUUUCUUGGGGUAAGUGGUGGGUCAGAAAAAGCACAGACCUGUGCCUAGAAAACGCAGGGCAAAAGGUAACUGUGGAUGACUCAGGCCAGACGUCCAAGAGAAGGGGUCAUCAAAGGGUCAGGGCAAAGGAAUGUGUUUGUAUGUUUCUUCCCAUUUAACAAGUGCUGCUUCCUCUUUACCUUAGGACUUCCCUGCCUAGCAUUGGCUGGCAUCUAUCACCAAUAAUAGUUAAUAAUAUAUAACCAAAAUGGUUGGUUAUAUAUAGGCGGAGCCAGAACCAAUGACGGGCAGAACCAGAGCCAAGGCGAGGCAGAGAUAACUAAUUAUAGUUUUGACCCCCAUCAACCCUGCUGAGUUUUAGGAAGGACAGCAUGGAGACUGAGGCGGAGGAGGAGGAAGAUGGACUGGCUGUAUAAGAAAGAGAGCAGGUAGAAGCUGUUGCGGGUCGACGGGUGCUGGCAGGGCUCCUGUGGCUGUUGCCCCCUGAGGAGACCAAAGGCUUCAGCUUCCACACACAACUGGCGUUUGGCGGGAAAAGGGCCGAUUGGCGAGUACCGGCCGGCCCGUCGUGCCACGGGCGCGCGCGCGCAUCGAGGUGGGCGGGGAAGAAGGGCUGUCAGUCAUACACAUCUGGCAGGAGAGUCGCCUCGAAGAGCCCACCCUAGCAGGAAAGCUUGCCCGCAGAGAGGGGUCAGGGCCAUAGGUCAUGCCUGAGCAUCAUUUGCCUUUAAUGUUAUAAUUGUAUAUACAAUAUAUAGGGCUGCCUGUAGCCCCCUCCAUUCACAGAGAUAUGUAGGACGGGCAGUUGUGGAGGCGCCCAGCCGGCAGAGUCGCCUCUUCGAAGCGAGAGGGGUAGGGGGCGGGCGAAGGUACUCGCCCCUCACAAACACCUCAGCAGUUCCGUUAAAACUAAACCCCGAGAACGGUGGAAAGGGCUCCGUGGACAGCGCGCCAGAAGACUCCCGUCGCUUCCUUUUCGGAGUGCCGAGACCCCUUUACGUCCAAAAAGGCGCGAGCCGCGCGCUCGGGAAGGUUGGGAGGACGGAGGUGGCCGGGAGAGGUGGGUGGGGAGAGGAGGAGAGCAGCGAGCGGAGGGAGUUUCCACACACACACACACACACACACACACACACACACACACACGGAAUCAUACACACCUUGAGUGGAGCCAGUCGCUUUGCACAGGCACCCAGACACCGCAGGAGACGCACGCACGAGGCGCCUCACACACGCGCAUACACACACACACACACAGGCGCGCGCAGGCAGCUCACACCCCGGCGAGAGGGCGCGCGUGGAAUCCGAGCUGAGCAGCUUUUUCUUUCUUUCCUUUCCUUUCCUUUCCUUUUUUUGUAUGCCUCCCUGCGUGUGCGUGCGCGCGUGUGCCUGCCCGCCCGCCUGCCUCUCUCCCCCCCUCUCCCUCUCUUUCUAUCUCUGUGGUGCCUCUUCCGACCCACGCGCUGCUCCUCUCUCUUUCUUUUCUCUCCCCCCCUUCCCCUCCUCUUUCCUCUCCCACCCCGACCCCCUCGCCACCUCUCUCAGCUCUCAAACUCUGCCUCCCCGAGCCCUGAAAAAAUGCCUGGCCGUGAAGCGAGGAGAGGGCACCGGGUCUGUAAAUAAGAAGUGAGUACUCGUUACAAUGGCGCGUCUCGCUGGCUCGGAGAGAAGGAAAGAAAGAGAGAGAUAUAUAUGCCUGGGAAGACAAAAAAAAGAAAAGAAAAAUGCUGCAUGCUCCUUUGCUUUUGCCGAUGCAUCUUCGCUCUAGGGCAGGGGGGGGACGGACUCCCCCCUCCCCACAAAAGAGCCCCACCCCACCCAUUUGCAGGAGAGCCCGUUUUGCCCAUGCCCACCCACCUGCCUCGCUGUCUUUCUCUGCCUCCAUCCCUCCCUCGCCUCCCCCCCCCCCCAGCUCUCCAUCCUUCUUGCACGAGCUUUCCUUGCUGCAUGCAACACCUUGGCUCCUAGGCGCUUCCUUGCACUUAAUCUUUGUUCAAGGGGUGUGUGUUGCUUCGGCUGGGGACAUAAGGAAAAGGGAAGGUGGGGGGAUGAAGCCGAAGGUCCGGGAGGUCCAUAAAACCACUCCCGAAUCUAGCCCGCUCCCUGCUAUCCUUGUGGGCAUGGGAAGACGCGCCGUUUGCAAACCAUUUCAAGAGCAUCUUUUCUCUUUAUUUUUAAAGGGGCGAGGAGGAAAAUGGGUUGCUUCCCUUUAAAAAAAAAAGAGUGGGGGGAGGGGGAGGCAUGGGGAUGUAAUUUAUCUCUCGGGAUGCUUUUCAGAGUAAAGGUUCCUUAUUUACCCUGGGAGCGAGCCGGGUAGUGGUGUUGAAUCUUGGCAAGGUGGAUGAGCUUCAUAAGGGCUAAGCAGGUGGAUGGGGAUGGAUGAACAGUGAAGGAUUGAUGGGGAAGGGGGAUGCUGAGAGUGGGGAUGUCUGCUAUAUAUGCGAUCAGCGUUAAGAAGAAGACGCUUUAAGCUCCCAUCCCUCCCACCCACCCCUGCUUUGUUAGCUUAGCUGCAUACAGCUUCCUAAAGGGGAGUGGAUCAAGGGAACUUAGGGACUGCACUUCCCUAGGGUGCCAGGAUUUCCUUUGGAGUAUGGGCGUGAGUUGCAUCUGGGCAGAAGGUGGGAGGCACAUUUAAAAAAUAACAAUAAGAGAACAGAAUGUCCUGGUGAAUAACAGGAGGGCUGGAUUGCCACCAUUUUGGGGUGGGAGAAAGAGAUGAAGCAGGGUGACAACACGUUGAGGGGGAAGAGAGAUCAAAGUGAUGGUGCCAGCAUUGAGUAGUGGUGGGAUGGGGAUUGCCCCACGGAUUGCCCUAAUUUUCCUGCCCAUGGCUCAUUCCUCAACCUGAUCCGCUACCCAGUUAAAGCAAAGUAUAUUUAUUUGUCAAUCCAAGGUAUCCGUAAAAGUCCACAGGGCUUUAACGCUGGUAGCUGCAGCCCAGCAGCUUGUAGAUUGCCCUGCUAAACAUCAAGCCAUUACCACCAUCAGUCAAAAAGGGAGCUUACAUUAAAGGCCCUAGGCAAGCAUCAUUCAAACCAGUGACUCUGUAAUGCUCCCCCUCAAAUCAAUGGGAUUAGUUCCAUCACAUCUCUUGCAGGCAGAGUGAGGUGGCUCUAAGACUGCAUCUUCAGCCACUUAGAAAUAUCUGAUUGCAUCAGUGUAGUUGUUUGGCAGUAAAAGUUGCCAGGCAGCCAAUACAAUGAAGGGUCUUAGGCGUGUGAAGGUAUUGCCUCAAGUUAUAGCUUUCUAGGAGUUGAAAAAGAGUAACUACAUGACAGCUCAGUGCAAUGAGUCAUGACAAAUGAUCACAUGAAGUUUCUCAUCUGUGACAGCUCCUACCUGCUGCCCCUUUUGGGGGGAAGGGGAGGUCACGUCUACAACUAUACUAAUUAAAUUUACUAUGGAUGCAAGUCUCUCUCGUUCUAUGUCUGAUGGUGCUAUAAUGCUAUAUAGUUGAACUUAUUUGCAUGGGAAGUAUGAUACAGCAUUCUGUCACCCCCUUUUUCUCCAAAGCAUGUCCAUCUUUCAGAUGAUGAAAAUGAUAAAGGGAAAGAGAUUUGCAUCUGCUUUUAGGUGUGGGGUUUCCUUAAUACCACUGAAAGAAGGACUGUGGUCCCUCAGAAGUAAAUUAGUAACCGGAGGGAAAAAAUACAUUAAAUAUGGCCAAUAUUCCAAUGACCUUAUAGAGAAAUUUCAAAUGUGUUGAUGUGGCAUAUUCUUAUUUAACUCUCCAGGAGUUAUGGAGGCUAUAAUUUACUGCUUCUAUAUGUAGCUGCUGUAAGAAAAAAGUCUUCUAAUGUUUGCAUGACAUAGAGGUAGAAAAGUCCUAGGCUCCCAUUCAACCUACAACUUUAGUCCUAGCACUUAAGAACUACUUUAAAUUCUAGCCACAUACAUGCAUUUUUUCAGCUAGGUACCAGCACUCACAUUUCUAAUAUGGAUUUCACUUAACAAAUACUUGCUGACUGAUGCUACUCAUGAUUAAUUUCCCUAACACUACUGAAAGGAGGAUUGUGGUCAUUGAAAACAAAUUAAUAACUGGAGAAAAAAGUACAUUGAUAUGGCAACUAUCUCAGUGAUCUUACAGGGGAAUUUUUGUUGAAAGUUAUGCACAAGAGGAAGUGGUUAAAAAUGCAUUUCUCAGCACUGUGUGUAAGAUGUGAGAAGAGAUUAACUUUUCAGAGCUAAACUUAAAACAUAGAUUGGGUAUCUCAUGCACAAUGCUUAAACCAAAACAAGAAAUGUUAAAACCAUCAGAAAUUAUAUAAAAUGCUAUGUACAUUUUUGCAAUACUUGGACCACAGUUACAGUACUGUCACAACAGGUUGCAGGAACCCCUCAGUCUAUAUAGUAAACUGUAAAUCAUGGGGAAGAUGGAUAUGUUGAGUUCAUUCAUAAUGUCAGCAUCUAUGAAGUUAGAUUGUUAUAUGAAUUUAAAGCUUCUGUCUUACCCUCUAGCAAAAAGAAAUACUGAAAAAAUAUGUGACAAGCCUGGGAAAAAGUAACUUUCUGUGUGUUUUUUUGUUUUUUCUUUCAUCAGUGGCGGCACCUGA